AUCAAAUAGUUGUGUUCAUGUUAAAUAUGAGGAAUGUCUUUUAAGUUUUGCAUAUAGAAACAUAGUAGGCCGCGCGGAUCGAACGCCAGUACUGAAUCUUAACCUCACUCUGUAGUAAACUUAUAUUCAAAGUUUCACAACAAUACGUGCAGUGUUCUCACUUUUGUGAAUUUUUAAGUGUCACCAAGUCAUUAGAAAAAUGGAACUCAACCGAGAACAUUUUCGCGCCAUAAUUUAUUACAACUUUCAGAGACAAUUAUCGCAACAAGAAUGCCUUGCUGAGUUACUGUCUGUUUUCGGUAACGAAGCGCCACAUCAGUCGACAAUUUCCCGUUGGUAAGGAGAAUUCAAACGUGGACGGGUGAGUCUUAGCGACGAUCCCAGGCUGGGUCCACCAAAAACGGCAGUCAUCCAGGAAAACGUCGAUGCUGAGCGCAAACUCAUCAUUGAAGAGAGACAUGUGACAUAUCGCGAGAUUGAGGCGUCCUUGAAGAUCUCAAAGACCUCAAUUCAAAAAAGUUUACAUGAAGAAUAAGGAUUAAGAAAAUUAGUUUCUCGUUGGAUACCCCACCUGUUGACUGAAGAGCAGAAAGCAGCCAGGGUUAAUUGGUGACAAUUCCGGAAACUCAAAAAAUGUGUACAGCAUUGUUAGUGGUGAUGAAUCAUGGAUUUACUGUUAUGAACCAAAAAAUAAACGACAGUCGGCUAUUUGGGUGUUUCAAGGUGAAGAAAAGCCAACAAGUCAUCCGUUCUCGAAGUGUUUCGAAAAAGAUGGUCGCGACAUUUGUGUCAAAAGCGGGUCAUAUUGCAAUAAUUCCUCUUAAUGAGCAAAGAACUGUUACUGCGGAUUGGUAUACCACCAUUUGUUUGCCAAAAGUCAUCACCGAGCUUCGAAAAAUCAACCCUAAAGAAGAAUCAUGACAAUGCAAGCUCGCACACAGCCCUAAAAACAACUCCCGAUCUAAGUCCUAA